AUGGCCACUGGACAUUUGCGAAAAGCUUUAUACCAGCUCAUCCAUCUUGUUCAAGAUCACUCACAUGCAGUGGUAUCCUCCAUAACACUCCAUCAGUCCGAAUCCAAACGAGCCAACUUGGACUUGAUCACAUCCGAACAGGCGCCCUCGGAGCUCAUCUCGGUCACGAGACGCCCUUCGGCGGACUCGGUAGCAAGGUCUUUCAAGCCAUCCAAAUCUCACGCAGCCAAGAUACCCAGGGAAGCAAACACAUCCAGGAAUUUUAGUGCUCGCAAAAGUGCGACCGGUGCUGAAUCUUCAAUCACCCGUCAGACGAUGGUUUCCGCGUGUACAUACGCUGAACGAACCGGCUCUGACUACACUGCCAGCGACCAGGACUGGUCCAGUGACGAUGGCUUUGUCAUUUCUUUCACAGAGAGCAAAAAAGAACAAGAGGUUGACUAG